AUGGUAUUUGGUAUGGGUUGUCACCUUCUGCCAGCCAAGGAGCUUACCAGGGGCUGGCCUUCAAGCGACAGCAAUGCAAGAUGGCAGCCACCACGGGCUGGGACAAUUUAUGAAAACCGGAUAUACAGCCUUAAAAUAGAAUGUGGACCUAAAUACCCAGAAGCACCCCCCUUUGUAAGAUUUGUAACAAAAAUUAAUAUGAAUGGAGUUAAUAGUUCUAAUGGAGUGGUGGACCCAAGAGCCAUAUUAGUGCUAGCAAAAUGGCAGGAUUCAUAUAGCAUCAAAGUUCUCCUGCAAGAGCUUCGGCAACUAAUGAUGUCUAAAAAUAUGAAACUCCCUCAACCACCUGAAGGACAGUGUUACAGCAAUUAA